AAGAUUUAAGAUCGGGCAGUGCCGUCUCCCACUGCUUGGAAUCAAAUGUCAAGCAGGUGGACACUCCUACUCCUGAUCCUGCUUAUUGCCUCGACUUGCCAUUCGUUUCCAAGUCUGAAAAAGUCUCCAAAGCAGACAAAGGAAUACGACUAUGAAUCAGAUAGUCGCGCAGUCUCGAGCAAUGUCGACUUGGACGCUGUAGACGGCGCAGCAUAUGAACGAUUUCGCCAUGCCUUGCAUUCGCUUCAUGCACGAAUAGGCGCUAUCGAUGACAGAUAAAAUCC